GUGGAAACGGUUUCGUAUCUUCACUGUCUGACAUACUUACGCCAGUGUGACCUCACUUUCUCUCACCUCCCCUCCACCACUACCCCUCCCAUUUUUACCGGCUUAACUAAGAUUAUUUUUCAUUUAGAUAAUAAAAUCAGUCUGCCUAGUAUGAAACCGGCACUUUUCAUCAGAAGAGAGCAUGGGCAUGAACUAACUUGGCACCUACUAGUAUCUUAAAAUUGUAUACAAAGAAAAUCGCUCUCUUAAGAGCACUCUGGAUAUUGCUCCUUACACAGAUAGCCAGCGAUCUGAUCGAACUACAACAAUGCACACCACAAGAGAGGAAUUGCUAUCUAGAUUUACCAUAGCGGACUAUGUCAUAUUCAUAGCCAUGCUUGGAGUCUCGGCGGCUAUUGGAAUUUACUAUGCUUGCACGGGAAGCAAGCAGAAAACUACAAAAGACUUUUUCAUGGGGGGCAAAGAGAUGGGAGUCUUUCCUGUUGCUAUGUCUAUCUUAGCUAGUUUCAUGUCCGCUAUUCCAAUGCUUGGGAUACCAGCAGAAACGUAUCUCACUGGGACUCAGUUUUGGAUGGUCGUAGCGGCCUACUGUUUCAUGUUCCCUACCGUAGCUUAUGUCUUCAUGCCUGUGUUUUUCAAACUGGGUUUAUCCAGCGUUUACGAGUACCUGGAGCUUCGAUUCAAUCGAGCUGUACGAACGAUAUGCUCAACAAUAUUUACGCUUCAGAUGGUUUUAUACAUGGCCAUUGUAAUGUAUGCUCCUUCGCUUGCUCUUUCUCAAGUGACUGGACUAAAAGUUUGGUUUUGCGUUCUAUCUAUAGGCAUUGUUUGCACUUUUUAUACUACUAUAGGAGGAAUGAAAGCCGUUGUUUUAACAGACUUAUUCCAAGUUUUUGUCAUUUUUGGAGCAAUGCUUGUUGUUGUCAUUAAGGGAUCAAUGGAUUUAGGAGGUAUGAGUUACAUAUGGAAUUUGAAUAGAGAAGGGCAAAGGAUCGAGUUUUUCAACUUUGAUUUCGACCCUACUGUUCGGCAUACUGUUUGGAGUUUAACAAUUGGUGGUUUUUUUACUUGGUUAUCCAUUUACGGAGUCAGUCAGCCAAUGGUCCAGAGAUACUUGACAGUAUCCAGUAUGAAAGGCGCAAGAAUAGCUAUAUGGUUAAACCUACCAGGCCUAGGAACAAUUGUUACAGUUACUACACUUGCUGGUUUACUAAUAUAUGCUAAGUACCACGACUGCGAUCCAAUCAAAACAAAGCAAGUCAGUGCUCCCGAUCAACUUCUACCUCUUUUCGUGAUGGAUGCACUGGGAACAAUGCCUUGUCUACCUGGUGUUUUUGUCGCUGGCAUUUUCAGUGGAGCAAUCAGCACUGUAUCUUCAGGAGUAAAUUCUUUAGCUGCUGUUACACUAGAAGAUAUCGUGAAGUCCUAUGUGAAACCAGAUAUAUCUGAAAAGUGGGCAACGAGAUUAGCGAAACUUUUAGCAUUAUCAUAUGGGGUGGCUUGUAUUGUGCUGGUUGCGGUUGUGGAACGAUUAGGUGCCAUACUUCAGUUAUCUUUGAGUGUAUUUGGCGUAAUUGGCGGACCUGUUCUUGGAGUAUUUACUUUGGGUAUAUUUUUCCCUUGGGCAAAUGUUAAGGGCGCAUUAGUAGGCUUAAUUACUGGCAUCAUAGCAGUUCUGUGGAUAGCAGUGGGAUCAUUUCUGAGCAAAAAUCCUAAGAAUUUUGCUCCAUUUUCUGUUGAAGGCUGCACAGAUUUAUACUUUAAUACUACGGGAAACAUGUGGAAUGAAACUAUAACUACAGGCAUACAGUAUUUUUCCAAUAAGCAAGACAUAUUUUUCAUCUAUCGUUUGUCUUACAUGUGGUACAGUGCAAUUGGUUGUGCUCUGGUGAUAAUUAUUGGCCUCAUCAUAAGUUUUCUAACAGGUCCUUAUGGCAAAGAUGAUGUGAAACAAGAUCUUAUUAGUCCUGUCACAAGGAAAGUUGUGGCAUUAUUUACAAAAGUACAACAUAAUAAAUCUGUGUUCCCGGUGGAAAUGGUACCUAAUAGCAACAUUCAUGAUCCCCGUUUCAAGACUUUGAAUGGUAACAAAAAUAUCCCCAAUGAUGGUGUCACCAAUAUUGCAUACAUCAGUGAAACAAAUACACCUACACUGACAAAGGCAACAAAAACAGCUCCUAAUAUAUAUGCUGCAAGAAUGUGAAAAACUAAGUGUUUCAUCUUCAGUAAUACUGCACAGACUUGGUAAAACUUUCUUAAUAACCAUGUCAUGUUGACUAGUGACAGUUAUAAAAAAUACUUCAUGCUGAAAAUCUUUAUUGAUUUAAUACAACAUUUGUUCAUGAUUAAUUUGAAAGAUUUAUUUAUUGUACAGAAGUUUUUUUACCCAUAUAUCAAAUGCAAAAUGUGUAUACUGUUUGAUGUUUUUAUGUCUUGUAUUAAUUUUCUUCUUUCAUUUGAAAGCAGGAUAUUUAUAACGGAAAUUUUAAACGAAUUUGCAUCCAAUGAAUAGAAAACAAAUCUUUCAACUUAAUGCUUAAGAGCUGUUGUUAAUGGUUGUAGUUAUAUCACCUAAUAGCAGUUAUGUAGGCCAACAAAACUCAGAAGUGAGAAUAUUGAGUUUAUAAUAUUUACAGCUUGAUUUUUCCCUUCUUGCUACUUCAGGUCUAAUAACCAUUGUUUUUUUACUGUUGAGGUAGAUAUUGUCUUUGUAUCUAACACAUGGCUGUAUUUUUGAUAUUACUACAAUGAAUAUUCUAUGACUAAGAGAUUCUGAGCAAAAUUUAAAGCUGCCAAUUUAUGAAUUGUACAGUAAUCACUUAGCAAGAGUAAAGAUUUUAUGUAAACUGGAGAAAUGUAAAACUUUUGAAUUGUUGUUGAUGUGACAAGUAAAGAAAACAUAAUUACUGGACAAAAUUGUUUUGCAUUGUAUUUUAUCUAUAAAAUAUUAUUUAAAAAUCAAAAUUUGUAAUUAAAUAUUUAAAAAGCC